AUGGCUACCCAGAGCAGAGAGGAUGGCAUCACACUGUCAAGGGAGGAAAUGGAAACCCUGAAUGCUGCCUUUGAGCAGGGCACCCUUGCUGGAGCAGCAUCCAGGCUGCAAGAGAUCCUGGAGUCACUAGAGACUGUCCACCUGGACAUGGUCAUCAUGGGUGAAACAGGUUCUGGGAAGUCAUCCUUUGUCAACGCGCUCCGGGGGCUGAGAGAUGAGGAUGCAGGAGCUGCCCGUACUGGUGUGGUGGAGACCACACAGGAGCCGACCCCAUACCAGCACCCCCAGUACCCCAAUGUGACCAUCUGGGAUCUUCCAGGAAUCAGCACAUUUGGUAUCUACCCAGAGGCCUACCUAGAUCAGCUUGGCUUCUCAUCUUGCAAUAUCUUCAUCAUCAUCGCCUCACAGCACUUCACAGCCCAACAUGCCGUGCUGGCCCACCAUAUCCAGAGCAUGGGCAAGAGCCUCUACUUUGUCCGCUCCAAAGUGGAUGUGGACCUGGACUCCUCUCUCCAGCGCCGACCGUCCAGCUACAGUGAGGCAGGGGUGCUCCAGGAGAUCCAGGAGGACUGCGAGGAGGGCCUGCGGGCCCAAGAGAUUGAGUUUUCCAGGGUCUUCCUGCUCUCUGCCUUUGAGCUGGGCAAGUACGACUUCCACCUCCUGAAGGAGACCUUGGAGAAGGAGCUGAGACACCACAAAUGGGAAACCUUCCUGCUGGCCCUGCCAGGCAUCUCCCUGCAAAUCCUGGAGAAGAAGAAAGCCUCCAUGCUGCAGCACAUGUGGCUGGUCUCAACUGUGGCCAGUGGUAUCCACACUGUGCCCAUCCCUGGGCUCUCCAUCUCCUGCGAUGUGGACCUCUUGGUCAGGACAUUACAAGGCUACUGCAAGACAUUUGGCCUGGAUGACAACUCUUUAGAGAAACUGGCAGCACAAAUGGAUCAGCCUGUGGGACAGCUGAGGGCUUUGGUCAAGUCACCUCUGGCCAAAGCGGUCUCCAAGACGCUGGUGGUGCAGCUGCUGACUCAAGCAACCAGCAUGGUGCCAAAGUUAUCCAAGCAGGUGGUCAGCACUGCCCCCGUGCUGGCCUCCAUGGCCUCUGGAGCACUGUCUUUUGCCACUACGUACAAGAUGAUAAGGAGCUUUGUGGACAAGGUCACUGAAGAUGCCCAGAGGGUGCUGAUCAAAGUGUUUGAGGUGGAAGCUGAGAAGUGAUCCAGAAAGGAGGAAAAGAAACAUCAAGGCACACUCUUUUGAGGGAGG